AUGCAUGCAGGACCAGGAACCAAGAAGCGCAUGCCGCCGAUCCGACAGCAUGGUUCCGGGGAAGCAGCUCUGCGUACAAAACCUUGGAGCCGCCGCCGCAUGCAGGACCGGCGAUGGACGGUUCUCGGAUUGACCGCGCUGCUCAUGCUCAUAUUCACGAUGCCGUCAACAACGUCAAUGUGGAAAACGGCCGCCUGGCUCGUGCCAGCCGCCUUCGCGCUGCCCGCAUCAGGAUCAGCGUGUAAGUUCGACAUAUACAAGCACUUCGGCAACCUAUCGCCAUACUUCGUGCCGUCCAACACGCCCGAGUCCUUACAAUCAGGCACACCGCCCGGUUGCACCGUCGAAAAGGCCUUCCUGGUCCACCGUCACGGCAGCCGGAACCCGCUGUCGGACGAGAUCACCGUCAUCGACGACCUGGCAUACUACCUCGGCAACAACAGCGCGCUGUUCUCGCAGCCUCAGGCGGAACUCCCAGACGAAUACGCCUUCCUCGCCGAAGGCUGGACCAGCAGCGCCUUCACCACCAACGAUCUCUCCGCCCCCGGGCGACAGCAGCUCUUCGACCACGGCGUAGCCGCCCGCCUGCAGUACCCCACUCUCUACACCGUCGAGGUGCUAGCCGGCGACCAGGACCGCGUCGUCGAGUCCGCAGUGUGGUUCAUGGACGGCUACUACGGCCGCGCCGCCAACUCGACCGCCACGCUGCACACGAUCGCCGAGGACAACGCGACCGUGUCGUGGAUCACGUCCAUGGACACGUGCGCGUCGUGGUCGUACGCCUCCGGCGGCGAUAUCGUCGCCGCCUGGGGCGCCGUCUACCUGCCGCCCAUCGCGGCGCGCCUCAACGCCGUACUCGCGCCCGCGUACCCGGGCGUCAACGUCACCGCGCCGCUGGUCCACGGCAUGCUGUACGCGUGCGUCUACGGCACCGCCGUGUCCGGCGUCGGCAGCUCGCCGUGGUGUCCGCUGUUCCUACCCGACGAGAUUCGAAGCCACGAGUACGAGUACGACCUGCUGAUGCGCGGCGCGUUCGGCUAUGGGCUGCCGGGGGAUAUGGGGGCCGUGCUUGGGAGUCUGCUCGUGGCGAAUAUGACGGCUUUCAUGCAGCGGGACGGCGGAGCGAAUCUGUCGUUGAACUUUGGGCAUGAUACUACGAUUGAUCUCGGUCUGACGGCGCUGGGACUGGCGAUGGAUUCGGAAUACCCGACCGAGGGUCCGGUGAAUGCGACGCGGGCGUGGCGGACGUCGAACCAGGUGCCGUUUGCGGCGCAGAUGCUGUGGCGGGGCCUGUCGUGCAGCGGCGGCGACGGGGACGAGAAGAGGAUCCAGCUGCUGCUGAACGAGGCCAACUUCGACCUGGGCCCGACGGGCUGCGCGAGCGACGGGUUCGGGUCUUGUAGCUUGGCGGACUUCGUCGCGACGGAUAGGGUGCGGGCGGCGCUGAACGUCACGCAUGGGGAUGAGCGGUGGGAUGCGGCUUGCUCUGUGUAG